AUGUGGAAGGAACUGUGCUCUUUGGCCUUUUAUCGGGCUGCUUUCACUGAGUUCCUGGCCACCGCCAUCUACGUCUUCUUUGGCGUGGGCUCCACGCUGAACUGGCCUGUGCAUACCCCAUCCAUCCUGCAGAUUGCCAUCACUUUCAACUUGGCUGCAGCCACCACUGUCCAGAUCGCAUGGCAUGCUAGCGGGGCCCACGUCAACCCGGCAGUGACGGUCGCCUUCUUGUUCGGCUCUCGCAUUUCGUUGGCCAAGGCCGCCUGCUAUGUGGUUGCCCAGCUGGCGGGAGGCAUUGCCGGUGCAGCCACACUUUACGCUGUGACUCCUGGGAAUAUUCGAGGAAAUUUAGGCAUUAAUACGCUGCAGAACAACAUCGGCUCUGGACAAGCAGUGGCAGUUGAGUUGAUUUUGACCCUCCAGCUGCUUCUCUGCUAUUUUGCUUCCACCGACAGCCUCCGAAACACGGGCUCUCCAGCUGUAAUGAUUGGCAUCUCAGUUUCCCUGGGACACUUAGUUGGGAGUUACUUCACCAGCUGUUCCAUGAAUCCUGCCAGAUCUUUUGGUCCUGCGGUCAUAGUUCAGAGCUUUCCUAACCACUGGGUAUUCUGGGUGGGGCCUUUAGCUGGUUCAAUCUUGGCAUCUCUGCUUUAUAACUUUAUUAUUUACCAUGACCCAAAGAGCUUUGCACAAAGACUGGCUAUUUUCAAGGGCAGCUAUUAUACAGAACAGUUGGAGAAAGUCGAGAACAAGCCGAUCGAAACACUAUCACUGCCCAGGGUUGUAGAAAGAGCGUAGCCUCCUACGGCCCCGUGAAAGAGAGACUCCACGGCCUCUUCCGUUGUUAGGAAGGGCUGCGCAAGAGACUAAAACCGAUAGGCAGGUUAUUCCAUCCAUGGCCACUAGAGGGCUCCAAGUGCCUUUCUCUGAAGUCUUACAGCAGCAGCAGCAGCAGCGGCAAGCGGAUGCCUCUUGGGACGUAGAAGCGUCGUCGAGUUCUAGAUCUUCAAAGAGACUUUGAGCAAAAGAGACACAGGCUAGGAGGAGCAGCUAUUACAUGGAGCCAUAUUGCCAAGGGAGCUCUGACACCGCUGCACAGAUGCAGAGACCUCUUAUGCAGUUGACGGAGGAGAGGGAAGCAGCUUGGAGGCCCAUCACAUCCUUCCUAAGGUGACUGUGAAGGCUGCGGCUCUGUCAGGAUUUAAGCCUGCAUUCAUCCAUGGAGACCAUCUAGAGAGUAAGCAGUAAAUAUUAAUAGGGAAUGAUAGGCUGCUGAUGGUUCUUUCACUGGCAAAUGGGUCAUUUUACCAAUGCAAUGGCACAACUCUGUAUAAAUCCCUGCUAUCAUACAACACCAAAGUAAUAAGGAAGGAUCUGAGACACUUAGAUGUUACAGCUUUAUUGCCACUAACGCCUACCUUUCCAGCCCUGAUUAAAAUCCCGGUGCACUUCUAGAAGAAGUGGCUCUUGAUGGAAUAGCAUGACCUGUCCUCAUCCCAGCAGCAAAUGUGGCAGUUCUGCAAUGCAGAAGCGCUGUCAAAAGAACCUCUGCUUGAUUGCAUCUUGGCCUCGGUACCAGACCUUCCUGCUUGGAUUCACUUGGUCUUGGACUCUGCUAGAUUUAUAACUGGAGCAAGCAAAAGCUUUUGUGACAGUCAUCCCCCCCCCCUUCAAGUUUCAGUUUAAUGACAGCCCUGACACAUAAAGGGACAGGCAUUUGAUGACAUAGUGGUAUGGAGACAGUAAAUAGUACAGCGUGACAACCACCUGGUCAUAGAAGGCUAAUAUGAAAACCUUCAUUGGGGGACAAGCUGAUCAAUCAAGAUACCAAAUCCAAGGAUUCCGGCACACUCUAGAGUUUCUCUAAGAAAUGGAUUCUGGAUGAGAGCUUAGGUGGACUGCUCAGUGAUUUCUAGUGAGUUCUAUGGGACCAAAGAAAUGGGAUGCAAUCUGGGACUCAGUUGAAGGGGGGGGGGGAAAUCCCCCUUCCCAAACUGGGGUAAUCUAACUAAUGGUGUCCAAUAUUUUUACUUUUGCUCAUGACUGCCAUUCAUUCAUGGCAGGGGAAUAAAAUUAAAAUACUGCCAUUGGGGAAAAUGCUACUUCGUAUCCCUGACUGGGGGGUGCCCAGACUCCUCUGAGGUAGCCUGUGUCCCACUCAGAGAGUGUGUUUAUGCAGAGGACAUACAUGCAGAUGCUCCCCCCUCAAAAACCUUGCAAUCUACAGGCAUUCCCUCCACACUAGAACAGCUGUCUUUUUUUAAACUAACCUUGGUCUUGGUCCUUUUUUAAAAAAAACAGCAGUCUGACAUGCACAAGAACUAAGCUGGUGAAGCUUUCAGUGGGAUGGAGGUAAGGGAGGGCUCAGCUUGCUUGAUUUCUGGGUGUCAGGAAAUUGUAAAUGAUCCAGGAGAAAGGAGCACGAGCGGAGUCAUGCUAGAGGAAGGCAACUUUCCGAAUUUCAUUUCUCACUGCAGCCCUGGGACACUUAGACCAGUGGAUGACUUUUCAUAAGCAUAACAUGAUUGUUAUGAAGUCCGUACAGAUGCUUCAUUUCAUUGUAUGUUCAUGUGUUGCGACUAGUUGCCAAGGUAAUGCUAGUUGUUAUAGCAUUACCAUUCAAUGCACAGAUGGAGAUUAGAUUUCAAAUAAAUGUAAUAUCCCUCAGCAAAAAUGUAUCCCAAUAUUCACUUGAUGGGAUUCAGUGCUUAGCAGUCACCAUCCGACAACCAGUAUUUGGUAUCUGUCCAUUUUUCCAUUGGAAUUUGGUGCCACUUGUACAGUGCAAUUC